UGUCAAGAUGGCGGCGCCCGGUGACCGGGCGUGUGUUGUGAAACAUCUGGUUGCGACACAUUGAGUUGUGUCUAUCACGAAUUAACAAUGGCACAUCUGAUCGGAAGUACUCAUUCGUGAGAUGGCAUUAAAGACCCGCAAGGUUGUUAAGAAGUGAUGAUAAGGACUAUGAUAGAGAAAAUGUUUCCACCUAAGUGGACGCGACUGUCCUGUACAGUCCGGUCCGGACCAGUGCAGAGGACAUUGAGUCUAUUCUCCAGCUCGGAACCUUCAAACUGGAGUAAAGUGGUAUCUGACGCCGAGAAGAUUGUGGGUUAUCCUACUUCCUUCAUGAGCCUCCGCUGUCUACUCAGUGACGAGUUCAGUAACGUCGCAAUGCAUGUCAAGAAGCUGGUCGGAACCCAACACCCCUUACUUAACACCGCAAGAGGUUUUGUCUAUGACAGCAGAAACAACCUUCAAAUGAGAGGACUGGUUGUUCUCCUACUCUCAAAAGCUGCAGGACCGAGCCGCACAUCCACAGAUCACUUAGCUCAGGACAUGGUUGGAGGCAUAUACCCCAGCCAGCGCAAUUUGGCAGAAAUCACAGAGUUGAUCCACACAGCCUUCCUGGUGCAUCGUGGAGUUGUCAAUUUAAAAGAGUUGACAGAUUCCGACGGCCUGCUGAAAGACAUGGAGUUUGGGAAUAAAAUGGCUGUCCUGAGUGGAGACUUCCUGCUUGCAAAUGCAUGUACUGGUUUGGCCCAGUUAAACAACACUAAGGUUGUUGAACUGAUUUCCAGUGCCAUCGGUGAUUUAGUUCAAGGAAUCUACUAUGAGAAUUCCAAUAACACUGAGGAGAACAAUCUUACCGCUGAAUUGGACACAACUGCGUGGGAGGAGCAGACAUUCCUGUCUCACGGGGCGCUGCUGGCCAAGAGCUGCCAAGCUGCAAUGGAGCUGGCACAACACGAUAAGAGGUCCCAAAGACUGGCCUACAAGUAUGGCAAGCACCUGUCAUUAGGCCACAAGCUUAACUCUGACCUGCAGCCCUUUGUGAAAAGCAACGUGGGCGAGCAGGUGUCUUUCAGUUUUAGCGCCGCCCCUGUGGUUUUUCACCGCCACAUCAUUGGCCCCGAGCGAUGGCAGCAGCAACUGCAGCAGGCCAAAACAAUGAGGAACCAGCUUGAUUUUUCCAAGCUUUUGGCAGCGGUGAAGUCAGAGAAAGGCGUGAGCUCGGCGGUCAAUUUAUGCUGUUACCAUGGCAACAGAGCUCUGGAGGCCAUCCAGGCUUUCCCCUCCUCCGAGGCACGGUCCGCCUUGGAAAACAUCGCCUCCGCCAUCAUGAAAUUUUGACCAGGAUUCACUUUAAUGUGCAAACAAACACUCACAUACUUGUGAUUUUAAAACUGGAGUUCUGUUGGAGAAUGGAGAACACAGAGCAGAAUUACAUGACUUACGAAAACAAACCAAAACAGGUGCUCGCCCAUAAAUUGCGUGCACUGCCAAGUUAAAUUGUGAAUGUGAUGCCCCAUUGUAGAUGGUCCUUACAAAAUAUAUACAGUAUAUAUAUUUAUAUGUAAUAGUGUAUUUGUGACAUGAAUCAAAUUUACAUUUGAUGCCCAUGGCGUAGUUGGGCGUUGAAGGUAAGCGUUUUUUUUUUUUUAAGUCUGGCUACCAUUGACUUCACUAGAUAUCCAGUUCAUUUGGAAUGGGAGACAUUCGUUCAUUCGCCCCUCCCAGAUGAGCAUUCACUGCCAGUCCUCACAGUUUAAGUGAAAUGGACGUUUAUUGUUGUCAAUGGCAGUCACUGAGUAAAUGUGUGCAGCUAAUAAUGUUUUAUGAUGUUUGACACCAUAGUUGGAUGGUUUUUAUUUUCUAUUUGUUGCACCUAAACUGAUACUACCAUCGGUACAGAUAUGGCACUGAAUUGACGUCAUCGGUAUUUGGGAGUACGAAGAAAUAGCACGCAGAUGCUGCGCAAUAUGCUAGUACACGUCUAAUCCGUUUGAGGUGGUAGGUUGGCAGCGAAUGUUCAUUCUUCCGCGAAGUUUUGAAGUUUAUCACUAGUAGAUGUCCAAUUCAUAUAAAGCGGGAGAGUGGCAGGCAUUGAACGAACAUUUAUUGGAUGCUAGCCCUCCCACCCUCCAGUUGGAUCAUCAGUUCAAAAAGAACUUCUGACGUAAUCUUUACGAAUUGUAUUCAGUUGUGAUUAAGUGGAGAAAACAUACCAUAAAAAGCAAGUAACCUCAUCUGCAUUAUUUGGUUUUCCCAAUUGAUAAGCAUCCCCAAAUAAUCAUGUUGUGUUCAAUAUUUUGAUCUGUUUAAUAAGUGGUUUGGUUUUUAACUCGAGCUUGACUUGAUACGACUCCCUUGAGAGGGAAAUGGCACAUGUACAGCUCAAGAAUAAAGUGAUCCGUGUCGCCUCAUUGUGUCUGUGAUGUGAUCCGAUUCAAGUCGGGGGCGGGCAAAGGUCACCUAGCCCUCUCCGCUUGGCCCAGCCAGCCAGAACGGUGAAGCAGUGCCAGGCAGUAAUUAUUAAUGAAGAGACUUGAGCAAAUGGACAGGAAAUGCAGAGCUAUUGAUUGGACUUGGCUGCCUUUCUACGAGUUGUGCGAGCUGGCGCCAGCCUGCCAGCCUGUGGUUUCCCCAGGCCUGUAAGGUUGUGGCGGGGACCGAGGUGUGAAAAUGUGCUUGGCGCUUGAUUGAAUAAUAAAAUGAUCAUACAGGAUAAUAAUGUUAAGGUAGCACAUUUUAAAAAUUUAUUAAAAAGUAGCUAUCUCAAAUUACUGCUUCCGAUUUUUUUUUUUUUUUUUUUUUAUAAAUGUAAAUCUAAUUUGUCACACUUUCAUUUAAAACAGCGAAGGGAUGUUAUGAUGCCUUUGUGCUUUAUGAACAUUUUUUUUAAUUGGACUCCUCCAAGAUGUGAAUUUACUAGUUGGGGUAUCACAUUAAUUAAUCAUUUUAAUUUUUUUAUUAUGUUCAACUGCUUUUCUUAAAAUACUUUGUAAAUAACAUUCAGUAAUUUUCGGACUAUAAGCCGCUACUUUUUUCCCCUCAUUUUUAAACCUGCGGCUUUAGUCCAGCACGGCUUAUUUCUUGAUUUAUUUGGGUUAAUAGGUAACACUUUAUUUGACAA